AAAAGACCAACAUUCCUCAUCUCAAAUAAUACCUGAAAAUCUUUAAUAAUCAUAGCAAUUAAUUAUUCCCAACUAUGGAGAUUGUGACUGAGUCUACCAUGAUAUUUUACUACUGAAAUAUCUGGGUUCCUUGAUUGAAGACUUCUAGAAAGUUUCUCUUUACUUGUGGAUAUACUAUGUGGCCCAAUGUUAGUGAUGCUCCCUUUUUGCUGACAGGCUUCCCAGGCCUGGAGGCCGCUCAUCACUGGAUCUCCAUCCCCUUCUUUGCUGUCUAUUUCACUGUGCUUCUUGGCAAUGGCAAUCUUCUCUACCUCAUAAAGGAGGACCACAGUCUCCAUGAACCCAUGUACUAUUUCCUUACCAUGCUGGCGGGAACAGAUCUAAUGGUGACAUUGACCACAAUGCCAACAGUAAUGGGUGUCUUAUGGAUGAAUCAUUGGGAGGUGAGCCAUGGAGGCUGUUUUCUGCAGGCCUACUUUAUUCACUCUCUUUCCAUUGUAGAAUCCGGUAUCUUGCUUGCCAUGGCCUAUGACCGCUUUAUUGCCAUUCGCAAUCCCUUGAGAUACACUUUCAUUCUCACCAAUACUCAAGUGGUAAAGUUAGGGAUAGGGGCUUUUAUGAGGGGUUUUAUAUCCAUUAUACCUUUAAUCGUGAGUCUUUUUUCAUAUACAUAUUGCCACUCUCAUGUUCUCUCUCAUGCUUUCUGUCUUCACCAAGACGUCAUGAAACUUGCCUGUGCUGACAUAACUUUCAAUAGAAUUUACCCGAUAGUCCUGGUUUAUUUAACAUUCUUCUUAGACUGUUUGAUUAUUCUUUUCUCCUAUAUCCUAAUUCUUAAGACUGUCAUGAGCAUAGCCUCUGGUGAAGAGAGAGCCAAAGCCCUCAGUACCUGUAUUUCUCACAUCAGUUGUGUCCUCGUCUUCUAUGUAACUGUGAUUGGUCUGUCAUUCAUUUACAGGUUUGGGAAAAAUGUGCCAAAAGUUGUCCACAUUAUAAUGAGCUAUGUUUACUUUCUUUUUCCUCCUUUAAUGAAUCCUAUCAUUUACAGCAUCAAGACCAAACAAAUUCAACAUGGCAUUCUUCGCCUUUUAGCUAAACAUAGAUUUAGAAGCUAAACUCUGAUGUGAAUGAUUGCCCAGGGAAGAAAGUGGGGAUCAGAGAUUUCUCUGAAUUGAGAGCAAAGAUACUGAACAAGGUCUCUAAAUCUUCUGUGGCAACCUCUACUUCUUCAAAUGACAUUAUGAGGCUCGUUAGGGGUCUGCUCUUGACUUCAUUGAUUUGCCAUUUAUUAAUUUCAUGGGUUGAUUUGUUUGUCAUUAUAAUGUGUUUUUCUCCCUAAUGCUAAGUAGAGGAUAAAAUACUCCUAAUACUUAUGGAAGAUUAAGUAUAAUCUGAUAUUAUGGUUUUUUUGAAUUUUAAUUAUUUUUUAUUGAUAAACCCCAUAGAUUUUGGCAAUUGUUUUAGCUUGCUGUGUACUUUUACAUGUCUAUCUUUAAACUUCUUUACUUAUUGUCCUAGCAGGAUAUUAAUACUAUCCUAAUUUAUUUGUGCUAGUAUAUUAUGAUAAAUGAAUCCUAGUAAGCCUUCAAUAUUGUAAAUAUUUUCAGUUUUUGUAUUUGUGUGUAUAUAUACAUAAUAUAAAAUAUUUUGUAUAAAUAAUUUUAAUUAUAUUUGUUUUGUUAAGAUUUUGAGGCCAUUUGAUAAAGGCCUCCCUGAUGUCAUAUUAAAUUAUUUAUUUUAUUAUAUUUUGCAUAAUAUCUUUUUACACAUUCUAAUUUAUAAUGGGUUAAUAUUUGGAGAAAAGCCAAUCAGUCCUCAAGGGAGUAUAACUAGUUAUUCAGUGAACUGAUUUUUAAGUUAUGAGACAGGAAUAAUACUAAAGGAAAAUUUUCUAACUGCAAGCAAGCAGGUAUAAAAUAUCGCCUAUGCAGAACACAAUCCACUGGGGUGUCAAACAUCAAAGAAACUUCAGGUUAUAACAAUCCCUUAGACUAGUAACAAAAAUGUAAAGAACAAACUGCUUUGAGGAUGUGGGUCUCAAAAAAGAUCACACUGAGAUUGAGAUAAAAGAAAGGUUCCCUGAGGAAGGUUCCUUAAGCUGAGAUCUGGGGGUGGAUUAGAAAUUAACUCUUGAAAAUAGGCAUAAGGAUAUUUUAAGAAGAAAGCAGUAGGCAAGGAAGUUGUAGAGAUGGAUCAUGGAAUCUUUUAAAAAUGUGGCUGACACAAAGAGGGUGAUAGUUCUAAGGAGAGGCUGGGGAGAAGAAGGGUGUUAAAAUCAAUAGCAUUUUCUUGGCUGUUGCUAGGGUCUGCACAUCUAAAGCGUCCUGGGAAGGUACUGAAGAGUUCCAAGCAAGGAGUGACAUGAUUUCAGUGAUAUUUACCAAUUAUAAGUUCACAUACUAUGUGGAUUCAAGUGAGACAAG